AAGCAGCUAUUGAUGUUUUUGUCUUUUAAUUUUAUUAUCGAGUGUAAAAAAAUAAUAAAUGUAGUUUUAAUGCAAGGCUCUUGAUGAAUUGUCCUUCUAGUAGUAUAUUUUUAAGUUGUACAUUACAGUUUGAAUCUAGUCGAUAUGUGAGAGUGAAAUGUUUUAACGUUUAUUCGCUUUGUCGAAUGACGAAUAUUCGGCUGCUGUUAAUUACAAUAUCUAUAAAUAAGGAUUAUCAUGCUACGGGAUCUUCAUUGACUUUUUAGUGUCAUAAUGCCGGUGCAGCAAAUAAAUGUGAAAAAUUCGUCUGAUAUCGAAAGCUGGGAAUGGGGCGGGGGAUGUGGCAGAGAGACUGUUCGCGCAGGGUCUGGUAGCAGCCAAACUUCCUGCAGCAAUUCUAGUGGAGAUAUUUGUCGUAUUUGCCAUUGCGAAAGUGAAGUUCACAAUCCUCUGCUCGCACCUUGUUAUUGUUCUGGAAGCUUAAAGUAUGUUCAUCAGAGUUGUCUCCAACAGUGGCUCACGGCGUCUGAAACAAGAUCAUGUGAACUAUGCAAAUUCAAUUUUAUUAUGCAUACAAAAAUAAAACCAUUUAGUGAGUGGCGGCUGCUGGAGAUGUCCGGCGUGGAGCGGCGGCGGCUGUGCUGCGCGGUGCUGUUCCACUGCGUGGCGGCGCUGUGCGUCAUGUGGUCGCUGUUCGUGCUCAUCGAGCGCGCCGUGGAGGAGGUCAACCGCGGCCUCAUCGCGUGGCCGUUCUGGACGAAGCUCGUGGUGGUGGCGGUCGGCUUCACGGGCGGGGCGGUGUUCAUGUACAUACAGUGCCGCCAAUACUUACAUCUGUGCAACCGCUGGAGAGCUCACAACAGGAUACUACUCAUACAGAACGCGCCGGAGAAGAUCCCGAUCGACGGGUCGCCGCCGCGCAAGCGGCGCGAGCGCAGCGCGCGCGGGCAGGUGGUCGCCAACAUCGAGCCGCCGCCGCCGCCCGCCGCCUACCACGAGGAGGACGAGAGCGGCGGCUUCGAGACGUACCGCGCCAACCCGCCGCCGCGCCUGUCCGCGCUGGCGCGCCGCGCCUCCGACACGCGCCUGCCGCCGCCCGCGCCCGUCUACCACAUCGACGUGGACCCGCUGGAGGCCGACAUCCGCUCGCUGCUGGCGCUGGACGCGGCGCGCUCGCUGCCCAACCUGCGCGCCUCCCGCGAGACGCUGCUGCACGCGCCGCCCGCGCCCGCGCCCGCUCCCGCGCCCGCGCCCGCGCCCGCGCCGCCCUCCUGAGGCCGCGCCGCGCUCACGCUCUACCCGGACGACGCCGUGUACUAGUGCGCGUGUGUGCGUGUGCCGUGCGCGUGUGUGCGUGUGCCGUGCGCGUGACGGACGGAGUUGUGGAGAGUUGUGUUUAGUACGAAAUGACGACCCGAGGGGCUUGUUGCUUUUAUAUUUUUACUUUUCCUUCAGGCCGACGCGUCGAGACCGGGAUCCGGCUUCGCGGAACUGUUCGAUCCCUCCUGCCGUGUCCCGUUCGAUAUUCUCGUAUAUUAUUUGAAUGAUCGCCUCCGUUCGUGUAACAUUGGUACAUGAAACGAGUGUCUAAAGUGUGCGUUGACCUUUGCCGACGAUGUUCUCUUCGAUCGCCGCCCCGAAGAUAUCAUUGUCAUAUUAAAUUAUGGAAAAGAAAAAAUAUAAACCUCAGUAUUACGUACGGUAAAAGUAUUUUGAUAAAAUUAAAAUUAGAUAUUUAUUUUGCGCCUGAAUCUUUAAAUUCAAAUGUAACAUUCAAUAAAUAUAAUGUUUGAAGUAUUCUUGUUGAAAACGAGUUGUGGAUACCGCUCGUCGCUUUCGGCAGUGAUUACAGGUUGUUGACAAAAAAGCAAAUAAUUAUCAUUUAUUAUCAAUUUUUUGAUCACUAUUAUUGCCUUGAAUCAUUAUUUCGAUACGAGAAGGUCUUUACAAAUAUAAACACGACAAACAGAAGGAAAGUUAGCGAGGACAUUCAAGGAGGAAAUACAAAUCAAAUUUGUUUUGAAUCAUUGGUGAUAAAUUAAAGUUGCUUAUAUGAACAUCAUGCAUUUCAAGAUACGUUUUAGUCAUAAGUUAUUGGAAUAAUUGCCAUAAAGAAUGUAAUCAUGAACAAUCAAAUUUGUAAAUAGUACUUAGUAUUGGUGUAAAUAGUAACGUAAUACAUACAUAUGAUACUGUUAGGCUAUGUAAUGUGGGGUCGCUGAACCCCUGAAUGAUCUCUGACUCCCUAACAAAAGCGAAUUGCAUGGAUUAGAGAAUAUAACGAUCUUAAUUUUAUGUGACACUUAUUUACUUAUUUUGACGAGCUAAGACUUUAUAUUUGCUCUAAACACAUAUGUAAGCCUAAGUUAUAAAUCAAAGAAUGUUAUAAUACUUAGGUUAAAAAAAAACAAUUUAUAAUUCAUUAUUCAAUGUUAAUGUUUAUUUUAUGUUUUUAUUCUGUAAUUGUGUAUAUCCUGUAAGCAAGUCCGUCCUUGUCGUGAAACCCUUUUAAGUGAAAUCAUUUGAAAUAGUUUACUAUGUGGUAGCUCGUCAAAAUGUUAUAAGUAGUUAAUUAUUUUGAUGUAUUUUUUGUAUGUAUUAAUUUUUUGUUAACACAGUUUUUUAAGUGAACAUAAUCGUACCCGGUAAUUUAAGUGAACACGUAAUCAGACCCCGUUUUGUUUAGUGUGAAAUUUCGAUAUGGUGGUAAAAAAAUUCAUUGUCACAAGUGAUAACAUUUAGAUUUAACAUUAAUACUUUUUCCGCUUACUAUAUCAAUUAAUUAUUUUUACCCAACGGGCUCUCACCCAGCCGGGGGUAUGUCAACUGCUCCCGCAUCAUAGACAACUCUAACAUUAUUUAUUACUUUUCAUCUAAAAUGUUUAAAUACAACUUGUUAUAAUUAAUAACCAAUUUAAAAAAUAUAUACUUAGAAUCCUUUAUUGUAGGUAUAAAAAUGAGUUAAAUCGAUCACCCUGAAAGUUGGCAUAUAUAGGGGUUUUUUUACCCGAUUUGUUGUUACUUUCCGCUAGAUGGCGCUGUGACUCACCGAGUUGCGUGACACUGACAUUUCUAGUAAUAUAAUAUAUACAUAUAUUACUAAUAUUUAGAAGAUUUGGUUCAAUUCGGUAAAAGAAAACUGGUUUUAUAAGCAUUUAUUUAACUCUUUAUAUGAAAAGUAAUAAAUGACAGAUAACCUCUGUAGUUUAUACUAAAUCAUUUGUUGCGAUCAAUACAUUUAUUCGAAGCGAAACAUUCAUAAGACUCUGUCAAUGCAAUAUUCUAUGGGGAACCCCAUGUGGACGACAAUACGCAAUUUUAUGUUAUUUUAGUUUUAUAUACGAUGUAGUACAAUACGCAGCGCUGGCGCAGCCAGUUAGGGGCAUGCCCCUGUCACAAACUCCUGGCUACGCCAAUGAUCCCCAGAUCGAUGUCGAUGAGUUAAGGUCUUCGCGGCUCGUCCUAUCAGAUGUCAUCGAGUUUGAUAUGCGGCCAAUGGCGUUGCAUCGAUUGGUUUAUGUUAAUCCUACGCCCGUAGUACUCGACGACGCAAUUACUCUCAUUAUAUACUUAAAAACACUUAAUAGUUAAUAAUGCUGUGCGAGAAAAUAUCGCGUCUAGUGGACGGUGAGCUUAACCUAGGGCACAAGUUAAUAGAGGUGAUAAAAAUUUACAAGUUUUAUGAUUCGGUUUGGCAUGUGAUCUAAAACAAUAAGUAAUUUAUAUUCUGUUGUUAUUCCUUCGAUUUUUAACUCUAUUCCUUCGCACAUUUCUUCUAACUUGUCUGACUUUCUUAUUCAUCACUCGAACUAGAAAAAAAUCAUUAUUUGUAGGAUAAAAAAAAAUCGAUUUUCAAAGUUGUUUUGCGGCUGGAAAUGUGAACAAGAAGUAAGUGAGGGUUAACGAAGUCUAUGAUGAAGAGAAUUGGCGUCAAUUAAAUUUGUUUAUCGUUAGUUAUAAAUGCAUUACAAUUAUUUAUUUUAAAAGAAAUAUCUCUCUCAUUAGUCGUUAGUUUCCACUUAUUGUCAAUUGUCGUUCGCCUCCUCCCGCCUCGUCCCGCCUCUGCAAUCCUUUGCGUCACUCCUACCUCUUCAUAGCAAUCUCGCCCUCGGUGUUGAAUCUCUUAUUCUGUAUCGCCUAUCAGCUCUCUUUCAUUACUUGUUUUUGUUUCUGUCUUUCAAUGUACUUAUAGAGAUAUUUAACUCACAAAUGUAAUUAUAUGAACAGGAUCAUUCUAAAUGUAUAUAUGUAAUAUACGUACUUAUUAUAUAUUAUACAGGAUGUAUCGAAAAACUUUGUACCCAUUUGUAAUAUUAGAGCCUUUAUUUACGAACCAGAAGUAGGGUAAUAUAUAAUUUUCGUUUAUUUUCCUUCCGAACAUUAAAUUCUAACGCCUUUCGGAAUACGGCAGGUUUUCUUUGCAUACUUUUCGUUUCCGUGGCUAGCUUAUAGGAUUGUAGAUUCCGAGAACCUUGGUUUAAAUCCAAAGUCGGGCUGAUGAUAAAUAAUAACGGGUAUUUUUGCCAAAAAAGUCCGAAUUUUGUAAGUUGCCAGUGUUUCGGAAACCACGUAAAGGCGUUGGCGCUGCGCCUGAUUUCAGCGCUCCCGUCGGGUGGAAGAAUAGAGAUUGCAUCUGCAUUUGCUCGUGGAUAUUUGUUUACUUUUAAGAUUUCCCACUAUUGGAUAGUUAUCGUUAGAGUAGUCGCCCGGGCGAAAUCUAACGGCAAAUCACCAUCACCUCAUACUCGAAUAAUCAUCUCCCUUGGAGCUGCAGCAAAGGAAUCUAUGGUGUUUCGAAAUUUAGGCUCUGUCAGAUCCCGAGGGACAAAGAUCCACACCUGUGUUCCAAGAGACGUGUUGGAACAGCGGCGCAUUGGCUAUGUAUGGAAUGGUUAAUGUCUCGUGAACACUUAACAUCAGGUGACUCAUUUGCCCGUCCGCUAAACUAAUUUAUAAAAAAAUAUAUGUUUUUUCGAGAAGGGUAGAAAUAUGGAAGUAGGUAUAUUACCUUAGGAUAGUGUUUUAUGUAAAGUAGUUCUAAUAUCUGGGAACUGGGACUGAAAAUAUUUUUUUAAAAGGGUACUUUUUUUCGGACGUCCUGUAUAAUAUCAGACAAUUCUUCGCACCAUAAUUUCUAAAAUUAUCAAACAAUGGACUAGUUAUGUACAAAAUAUACUUUUGCGACGUUUAUAAAUUAAGUUCACUGUGAAAGUUGCUGAAUCACUUCAUCGACGGCUAACUGAAGUAUAAAAUACUAAAUUAUUUACACACGUAGACCUUAACCUACUUUAUUCGAGUUAUUUUUUUAAACGAUGUCACGGCGUACAAACUAUUAUAUCACUUACGUUACAAUAUUGUCUUAAAUCGAUGUAAAUUUAUAUUUUAAAAUAUACACUUACAGGUGAAAUUAACCACUCGUGCGUACUCGACCUUAAUAAUUAAGCUUCGUUAAGAAUAUUCACAGCUGGUAAAGAUAAUAUGUUUUUGUUUCCUCAUAAAUAUCAGUAUCGAUAAACUAAAAGUGUACAAAAUUUCUAGAGAGUGGUUAAUUUUGUCGACAUUAUACUUAUAUUAGUUAUACUGUGUGUUUAUUUAUAUAAUAGAAAAAGAUGUAUAAUUUGAUCAGAAUAUUUUAAUAGUAAGUCGCAUAGAGUUCCUGCUAGUCGGGCUAGGAAGCCGGAAGUUAUCUCCGAUACACGAGUGACGUCACACGGGCUCGCCGGGGCCGAACUGGUGGGCGAGCAGGUGUCCAGUCCGCCGUAAACUAAUCUUAAAAUAUCUUGACAAUAUUAUACUAAUCGUUUCUCAUGAAGUCGUUCUGUGUUAGGAGGCUCUUCUCUUGUCCGAAGCCGUGAGAACAUUUCGAUGAUGUUAACAAUAAUGAUGUAUUGAUAGAGUUGCCAUUACGUUUAGAUAGUCACUAUGAAAGAUGAUGAUAUCGUGUGUGUAGUUAGAUAGAAAAUUAAAAUACAUUCGACUUUUGGUGCUAAAGGAUCGGAGACUUUCUUUUCUAUGUAAAGAUACCGAAAAUUGUAUAAAAUGGUUCUGUACAUGAUUAUCAGUCGAGUGAAUGCGGCCUGAGAAGUCUUAUUUGUAAACUGUUUUUAGUUUUAAUGUUGUAUAUUUUGAUUUAAACGUGUCUCUGUGAGCGUUGAUUUGAAUAAUUCAAUUCGAACAUCACUCGAACUUGUAACGCAUCACAUGUAUGAAGUUAUUUUGUUCACUAGUCGAAUAUACGCCAUGUUGUAAUGUUACGAGCUUUGCGAAUACUGUUUGUGCAGUAAUUACAGAAAGAAGUCGGAGCUGUCUGUGUUUGCAGUUUUUAGUUCAGUUCAGUUUCAGUUAUUUCGAAUUUUAUUCGCUGAAAUUUGAUAAUUAAAACGCAAUUCCGCAUAAUAAUUCAGAACCAAUUUAUUUAUCGUUCUGCGACUGAUGAUUUUACCAAGAUGACAGACGACCCAACCCCCACACAGACAUCCCCCAGUACAUUUUGCUGUGCUAUGAAUUCGUUCCAAAGCAUUUUGUUUAUUGAACAUUCAAAUAAUGUAGUUAGUGCCUUAUUUAAUAAUUAUGUUUUAACGAUUGUAUGCAAUUUGUUACUUUGUUGACAUUCGAAACGCUUAUUAUGUAUCGUGUGGUCGCCGUCCGCGCAGGAGGGCGGGGAUUGUGAUAUAAGUUAAUUAUUGUUUUUCUUUUUGCUCAAAAUUAUUUCUCCAUUUGAUCUGUGUACUUAUCGUUCAUGAAAUUUGUAAGACUGUAUUUAAUUUUGUUACGUAAAAUUGUUGAAUCCAGGUUAUAAAUAUAGUUAUUU